GCUGAAUCAUUGUACGCUGUGGUUCCACUUUAUGGUUUUAAAAAAAAAUGCUCUUUCAUAUAUAUAUAUAUAUAUAUAUGUAUAUAUAUUGUUGAAGGAUUACAGUUCCACUUUGGCAGAAAACUUACUUUUGUUUUUUUUUAGUCCUUUUAAGAUUUAUGUAGAUGACCCGGAUUAUUUGAGGAGUGCCCCCUUUUUUUCCUCAAAAAAAAAAAAGGGAAAGAAAGAAAGAUAAUGCAGGGCAAAAGAAAAAUCUUUGCUGGUGGUAGGAUGUGAUGGAUGCUGGAUGAAGGGGCUCUGAUAGGUUAGAAUUUUUUUCUUUUCCCCCUCCGUUUUUCGCUUGAUAUUUUAGGGAGUGAUGUUAGAUCAGUGAGCAAUGGGGAUGCUGUGGAUAAUUUGAUGGUUUCGGAGAGCAAAAGAUUGCCUUGGUGAAAAUGGGAGAUUGCAUAAGUGUGUGGGUUUGGUCUUGGGGUGAGAAACUUUAUUAUAUUUAGAAGUGAUAUAAUUUCAUUCUCAGCUCCUUUGGAAAACAAGAAGAGUUAAUCUAGAGGCUUUGAGCAACCAUCAGUAAAAGAGAAAGAAGUUGCAUCACCUCUUCAACAAGAGAAUGAGGGAUGGUGAUGCUUGAAACAAAGAACGAACAAAAGAAGACAACUAAAGUAAGGUUACUCAAACAGGAUAACACCAGACAUCAUGUUAUGAUUGCAAGGAGAGGGCUUCUUCCUUGGAAAAACAAAGAAAUAGAUGGGAUGAUCGACUACCAGGACAGAAAGAUGGAGAUCUCCAGAAGCAUCUGUUAUUUCAAAUUAUCUUCCUAUGCGCAGCCUUGAAGUCAAAAACAGGACAUCAGUGGAUGAUAUUAAGAGCCUCAGAUUAGUCACAGCCAUCAAGACCCCAUAUUUGCCUGAUGGGAGAUUUGACCUUGAAGCCUAUGAUGCCCUGAUGCACAUGCAGAUUGUCAAUGGUGUUGAGGGUGUAAUAGUGGGAGGUACAACAGGAGAGGGCCAUCUCAUGAGCUGGGAUGAACACAUCAUGCUCAUCGGGCAUACUGUCAAUUGUUUUGGUACAUCAAUUAAAGUGAUAGGGAACACCGGAAGCAACUCAACAAGAGAGGCGAUCCAUGCAUCUGAACAGGGCUUUGCUGUAGGCAUGCAUGCAGCCCUUCAUAUCAAUCCUUAUUAUGGGAAGACGUCCUCCCAAGGACUAGUCUCACAUUUUGAGACUGUUCUCUCCAUGGGCCCAACCAUCAUCUACAAUGUGCCAUCAAGAACUGGACAAGAUAUUCCUCCAUCCGUUAUACAUAUGGUUUCGCAGAAUCCUAACAUGGCAGGUGUCAAAGAAUGUGUCGGAAAUAAUCGUGUCAAGGAAUAUACAGAUAAAGGGAUAGUAAUAUGGAGUGGUAAUGACAAUGAAUGUCAUGAUUCUAGGUGGACUUAUGGGGCAAAUGGAGUGAUAUCUGUUGUUAGCAACCUUGUUCCAGGUCUGAUGCAUGAUCUUAUGUUUCGAGGAAAGAAUCCUUCUCUGAACUCCAAGCUGAUGCCUUUGAUUGAUUGGUUGUUUCGUGAGCCAAAUCCUAUAGGCCUUAACACUGCUCUGGCUCAACUGGGAGCGAUAAGACCUGUUUUCAGGUUGCCAUAUGUUCCUCUUCCCCUUGAAAGAAGACUUGAAUUUGUCAGUAUGGUGGAGGCCAUCGGAAGGGAGAAUUUUGUUGGAGAUAAGGAUGUACAAGUCCUUGAUGAUGAUGACUUCAUACUGGUGGGUCGAUAUUAGCGUAUGCUUUAUUAUGCUUGGCAUUUUGACGACUUUUCUAGCUGUUGUUGGGUGAAUUGAUAACCGGAUAAUAGUGUUGUAUGACCUGUAAUCACAAAUGAAACUGAUUAGAGUUGAACUGGCGAGUAUACUCAGUAUUAAAACGUUAUCUUAGAGUUUUGGGCAUUG